AUGGACUCACUACUGCAGGGGAUAUUAUCUUCUUAUGACAAGGCUUUGCUAAUUCUAAGAUGGAAUGCACCAAUUUCAAAGUCACAACCCAUGCAUCAACCAACUCAAACUUCGUCACCACAGUCCCCGGUAUCCGUUGACCAAAGUCCUCCGAGGAAGGACCAUGAAGGUGCCCGCAAGGAUCAUCAAGAACUAAAACAAAAUGUAAAGAAAAGAAAGACGAUGCCCAAAUGGACGGAACAGGUUAGAGUGACUAUCGAGAAUGGGGUUGAAGGAGCUGCUGGAGAUGGUUACAGCUGGAGAAAAUAUGGACAGAAAGAGAUCCUCGGUGCAAAAUAUCCCAGGUGCACAUUCCGCAAAACUCAGGGCUGCUGCGCCACGAAGCAAGUGCAGAGAUCAGAAGAAGACCCCACUGUCUUUGACAUAACUUAUCGAGGAAGCCACACCUGUUCUAAGGGAACCAGUGCCGUUCUGUCACAAAAAUCAGCAGACACAGAGGAGAAACCGCAAGCUUAUGACAGUAUUCAGUUUCACCAUGCACAGUCAUCGCAAGAAACACUUACAGAGCACACAAACACUUUGACUGUGGAAACGGAUAACAUAACACCACAUCCAUUCCCUUCGUUUGGAUGCAUGACACAAGCUAACCACCACGCGCUUCUUCCCUCUUUGGUGCUAGAGAAUGAUCCCUUUUUCAGCACCAUUUCCCAAACAUCCUUGUUUUCUCCGAACACACCUGAAUCAAAUUAUUUUGUGUCUCCGUCUGUCCUCGUACACGAUGAAUUCGACAGGGUCUGUGACAAGCCGUACCCCGAUUCUGAUGCCGCCGGGGUCGUUUCAUCUGAUACAUCAACCAUCAAUUCUCCAUUUUUUGACUUCAAUUUCUCACUCGAUGCAUUGGGAAUUGAUGCAAACUUCCCCUUCAAUGCCUCGGGGUUUCAUCCUAACUGCACUUGA